UGGGGAAUCUUUUACGAUUUGGUCGGAAAAUGAAAACGGAGCAAGACAGAGAGAUAAUCGGAGAUUCCAAUUUUCUGUGUUAAUUUCAACAAGCAUGCAUUUAUUUACCAAUUUGUGCUCAAAAUAGAAAACAAAACAAAAUUUGGUACGUGAAAAGAAAAUUUUCAAGGGAUUGUUUGUUUUUUUCUGUUCUUCUUCAUCAAUGGCGAAUUCAAGGAUUUAUCCGCAAUUCUUCCACACACUUGUUCCUAGCUUCCACACUCACUUGAUGAUUCCUGAAGACUUCUUCUCAGAGUAUAUCGAAGGAAGAAGCGUCGCAGAGCUGAAAUUGGACUUUUCAGACAAAUCUUGGGAAGUGAAGUUGUCUGAUCGGAGAAUCACUGACGGCUGGGAAGAGUUUGUGGUGGCUAAUGAUUUUCGUAUCGGCGAUGUUGUCGCUUUUAGAUAUGUUGGAAAUUUGGUGUUCCAUGUUUCUAAUUUAGGACCUAAUUACUAUGAGAUUGAACACAAUGAUGGUGAAAGUUUGUUAAGAAAGCGUUUGCAUCAAGUAGACUUUUCAUCAAACAAUGGAGAUGUUUGUGAUAGUGAAGAGCUUCCCAAAGAGAAGAAAGCGAAGACGAACAGUGAAGAAGCAGAUGCAGUUUCUUCUUCUUCAUCAGCAGACAAGUCAUGUUUUAUGGCCAUUAUCACAGCUUUAGAUCUAACGACAGAUACACUGUAUCUUCCACUACAUUUUACAAGCGCAAAUGGUCUUACACGAAAAAACCGGGAGAUUAUUUUAACAGAUGGAGGGGAAAGAUCAAGGGUAUUGGAUCUGAGGUUCGACGAAUCAUCUGGUACUUUUUAUAUCAGCCGGGGUUGGAGAAAUUUCUGUGAUGAAAAUGGACAAAAAGCAGGAGGUUUCUUUCUGUUUAAACUAGUGGGAAAAGGUGAAACGCUGGUGCUCAGUUUCUGUCCUACAGAAUCUAUCAAUGGGGAAGAGAACAUAACAAGGGAGGACAGUAAAGACGAGUGCAGCUCGUUGGACUCAUUGAUGAAUAUAGUAGAAAAAAAGAAGUAUAUUCCGAAACCAAGAGGUUCACCAUAUUCAUCAUAUUCACCAAGUCAUAAACAAUUCGUAACAUUUACGCUUCCACCGGAUUAUGCUAGAAUUGGAAAAUUGAGUCUUUCGGCGCCUUUCGUUAGGGAAAAUGGCAUCAACAAGCCUGGGGAGAUAUGUCUUUUGGAUAAACAUGGUAGAAAGUGGUUGACAAGUCUUCUGCUGGACAGUAAAGGAACAAUGUCUUUGGGAAAGGGUUGGAAAGAGUUUGUUAAAGCAAACAGCUUAGAGACGGGCUUCACACUCAAGUUGAUAUGGGAAGAAACAACUCCUGUGCUUAGUUUGUGUAGUCCAGAAUCUAACAGUGACAGAGAGCAGGAAGAGAUUUCAAAAGCUAUCGAGAAACAUUCUCUUUUCAUAGAUCCUAGCAACAGGGACAAAAUCAGCAACAAUGACAAAGAGGAGAACAUGUCAUGGGAGAGAAAGAAGGAUCAUCUGAAAAGUAGAGAUUCAACUCUAUCAAGCCAAAAACAAUUUGUAACAAUAACAAUUACACCUUCCAGUGAUAGAUUGCGUCUCCCAAAGGUAUUCACGAGGGAGAAUGGCAUCAACAAGCCGGGGAGGAUUACUCUGUUGGGAAAAGACGGUAUAAAGCAGCAGACGAAUUUGUUAUUCGACAAAGCAAAUGGUGCCAUGUCUUUGGGACACGGCUGGAAAGAUUUUGUUAAAGAUAAUGGCUUAAAGACAGGUGACUCCUUCACGCUAAAGUUGAUUUGGGAAGACCAAACUCCUGUUCUUAGCUUGUGUCCUGCAGACUGUAGCAUUGACAGAGAAGCAGGAGGAGGGCGAUCUGAAACAAACCAGAAAAAGUCUCUUCCAAUAGAACCUAGCACAUGUAAAAAAAUCAGGAAAGACGUGAACAUCAAAGAUGACAACAGCAAAGAGAAAAAUGACAAAGAAGAGAGCAAAUCAGUGGAUGGAGAGAGGAAAUAUCUGAGAGGGACAUAUUUAACUCCAUCAAGCCAAAAACACUUUGUGACAUUAACAAUUACACCUUCCUCUAUAAAAAAAGAUAGACUUAUUCUUUCCCCACAAUUUGCAAGGAAGAACAAUAUUGACAAGCCUGGAAUGAUAUAUCUGCUGGAUACAGAUGGUACAAAGUGGCUGAUAAGCCUUCAACGAGAUAAGAAAGGAACAAUGAGUUUGGGAAAAGGUUGGAAAGAAUUUGCUGAAGCAAAUGACUUUAAGUUAGGCGAAUCCUUUACGAUGGAGUUAGUAUGGGAAGACACAACUCCUAUGCUCAGUUUGUUACGUACCGAGUUUAGGAGUUCAAAAGCUAACGAGAAAGAGUCAAUUUCCUCAGAACAUAAAACCAGAGAAUCAUCCCCAACAAUCAAAAACCGAAUCGUGACUCCAGCACUCACACCUGAAGAUGUUAAAGCCUGUAAAUUGAUUCUUCCAAGUCAAUUCAUGAAGAAGAUCAGGACAGUGGAUAAAGAGAGGAAUCAUCUAAAAGGGAGAGAUUUAAAUCCAUCGUGCCAAAAACAAUUUGUAACAUUUACAAUUACACCAACCUGUGUCGGAAAAAAUAGGCUGAUUCUUUCAGCGCAAUUUGCAAGGGAGAACAAUAUUAACCAGCCUGGAACGAUAUAUCUAUUGGAUACAGAUGGUAGGAAGUGGCUGACAACGGUUAAACGGGACAAGAAAGGAACAAUGAGUUUGGGAAAGGGUUGGAAAGAGUUUGCUGAUACAAAAGACUUAAAGUCAGGCGACUCCUUUACGAUGGAGUUAAUAUGGGAAGACACAAAUCCUGUGCUCAGUUUGUUACGUACAAAGUUUAGCAGUUCUAAAUCUAACAAGGAAGAGUCCAUUUUUUUAGAACCAAAAAGUAGAGAUUCAUCCUCCCCAACAAUCGUAAACAGAUUCGUGACAUUAGCACUUACACCAGAAGAUGUUACAGCCUGUAAACUGGUAACUUGGUCAAACUAUUUCUUGUUUCUGUUGUUGAAUUAUAAAUGGUAAUGAGAGAUGUGUUUGUUGAAAUCUUUUGCAGAUUCUUCCAAGUCAGUUCAUGAAGGCUAAUGGCAUCAACAACAAACUUGGGAAGAUAACUCUUUUGGGUGAAAACGGAGUCGAAUGGCCGGGAUAUAUGUUGUCGCUAGAUGGAACUCUCGCUUUAGGAAAUGGUUGGGAAGGCUUUUGUGAGGCUAAUGGCGUGAAGUUAGGACAGACUUUUACUUUGGAGUUUGUUAAUGAACAAGAUACAACAACAACUCCGGUACUCAAGUUCUCUUCUGUGGAGACUAUAUACAAAAAUGUUAAUUAGGAAUAGAUGACAUGUAAAUAUUUAGGCCUAGGCGUGUAAGUUUUUAGUUGGCUUAUGUAAAAAGAUUAGAAUAGAAACGUUUAGAUUUGUCCAUUAGUUCCUUAAAUUCUUAGGCUGUAUAUUAUCUUAUAAUCAGUUUGUUAUUUCUAGCAAAAGAAUCUGUUGUUGUUUACAUGAAAUGUCUUGGAGUCUUUUGCUCUACAAUAUGUGAAAGAAAAAAUG